AUGGAAUCGGAAUCGCUCGACAAACGGGAACUUCUGCGUAAUGUCGAAGUAGACGUAUCCAUGGGAGAUUCAUUUGCACGAGAAGACGAGGUGGCGCCACUUGAUGUUAUUGUAAAGAGUGUUGCAUCCACUGACUUUGAAUUCUUGAGUCUUGGCUGGAGUGGUGGCCAAACAGCAUCUGAAGUUGUUUCCAGUCAUACAGGAUCCGUCAUAGACAGCAGCACAGUUAUGGACACAGAGGUUGUAGCAGGUCUGGUUGGUUUGAGUGGCGAAGCUGAUCCAUGGAGAACAUUCUUCCGUGCCCUCCUUGCUCUCUGCCUCGUCUCUUCCAUCGGAGCCGUCACUUUGGCAAUCUGUCAAAACUAUUGUGCUUCUGUCAACGGAGGAGCUUCCUAUGAUAACUGUUCUCCAUGGAUCAGCUUCGCCACUCAAACCAACCAGACCUGCUACAACCUCUGUGUCCAUAACUGUGCUGCUGUCUAUGACGGAUCCUGUAUGACUGGAAACAACUUCAGAUGCUGUUUGGCUACCACUCCAGCCAAGACUCAAGAAUUCAAAGUCAGUGGAUGCAAUACUCUUUACAAUAACUUGUAA